UUUCACUUGAAUCCUCACAACCACCCCUGGAGUUGGUACUAGCAUUUCCCCCAUUUUACAGGUUACAAAACUAAGGCACCGAGAGGCUAAGCAAUCUGCCCAAACACCCACAAAUGUUUGAUAAAAAAGAAAGCAGUGAGGUGGCAGAACAGCGCUGCGUAAACUAGGCUUCAACGGCGCCCAGGAGCUUUGAAGGAGUUAACGAUACACUGGAAAGAUCCACAAGUCGUGUGCAACCUCGACGGGGCUCCAGGACUUCGGUUCCCCGCGACUCUCCCUCCCCUGCAGCCUCUCUUUCCAGCUGCGGCAGGGUGUGAGCGUGGUGCCAUGCCCGGAGUCUUUCCUUCAUCCUGGAAGGGGCGCCUUCGAGGAAAUCCACCGCCGCCCUCGCCUGGCACAUUCCAGAAGCGAAACCCGCAGCUGGAGGGGCCGACGGGAAACAGACAGCUGGUCACACCCCCGCCCUCUUCCGCCAGCGUACAGUCUGGGCGACCCGCGCGGAAGGCGCUCAAGGCGCGGGGCCGCAGGCGGUGUCGGCUGGCGGGGCCUGGAGGCUCCGGGAGCGGCCCCGCCCCGGCUGCUCACGCCCCGCCCCGGCCCCGCCCCCUGGAAGACACGCCCCGGCCCGGCCACGCUCGCAGACCCAAAUUUCCGCUCGCGAGCCGCCACUACGUGUCCCUGAGCCUUGGACCUUGCUACUGGGGCUUUUCUGUCAUAGCUUCGCCUGGAGCCUUAAGCCGCUAUUUGCAGCAAUAAAAAAGUAAUGAUAAAUACGUAAACUACC